AAAAAAGUGCACAUGUAAAUGCCCAAAAAAAAAUGUGGUAGUUUGAUAGUUGGCUAUCCCUGCACCUCCCAUCAGCACCCCCAAUCCUCUAUUUUCCUUCCUCGCAGCACGCGCGAUGAAGAAGGAACUGCUGGCAUCUGCGCCAUGGCGGGGCGAAGAGAUGAGAGAGAAAUUUCAGGACGCGAAGCUGAAAGUCACCAACAACCCUGGCUCCACACCGACCAUGCACGUUCACCGUAAGAGGUCCGACUCCAGCAAGGCCGAUGUGGACGAAUCCGUCGCAGAGAUUGACCCUGAGCUCAGAUAUAGUUUUUAUAGGAACGUCCAGUUUUUGCAAAGAGUUUUUAGUAUAGAUACCCUUGUGAAACCUCUUCCUCCAGCAAUGGCGUACAAUGUGUCGAGGAAUUUGAAUUUUUUCACGCGCAUAUUCACCCAAUUUUUUGAUCCAGAGGGUAUUGCAAAUGCUCAGAAGUCACUUGGGCUAGGCCAGGAAGAGAAAGUCCGUCGUGUUCGUUAACAGUUUAAUAUAUGGUGACGAUUAGCACUAGUGUGCCAUUCGCCUGCUUCCAUUUUCACCGUCUAAAGAAUUCUCCUCAUCUGUAUCCAAGGAUCAAUGGGCCUGUAAACUGCUAAACUGAAGAUUAAAUGUUUUUAUUCGGGGCAUUUACAUACGUACCACCCAAUUCCUAUGUAUUCGCAUAUCUAACACCUAAAAAUUAA